GGAUGACAGAAGCUCAAUCCAGCUUGUACUCCAUUUUGUAUGCAUAUACUCCAUUUUAUACAGACAUAUUUUAGCCACAUAAGCAAUAUAAGUGUAUACGUGUUUUUGCUGAGUUGUUCUAUUUUCUGAUGCAAUCAAGGGUCACGUAGAAACUCAGACAGUCAGCUGCCUUUUGUCAUGAGUUUCUAUGUCUAUAUUCAGUGAUAUGCUUACUCGCUUAAAAAUCCAAAAAUCCCCUAAAUGACGAUUGUUUUUCUCCAAAACAUUUAACCUAUAAGAAUUGUUAUAUGUAUUUUGAAAGCCACAAUGUACGCCCCCAUUUCCCCCCUAUAUAAUCAGCAAACGAGCCAAAAAUAAACAGAGCUUGGUUUCACACUUUAUAUGUCUCCGUCUGUGUUACUUCUCUGAAACGAAACCAAUCUCCCAGGCCUGCAGACACAACACGAGCGCGCCAUCAGGAAAACACGCACCCCUUCAGGGAGGGGGACGAAGUAGUGGUCAAGCUACAUCCAAAAGGGAAAAGACCGCAAGACUUCACCUACGGACCUCCCACCAUCAUUGUUGCAGUGACCAGAACAGCAGUCCUGACAGAGAACAGCCCCACCUGGAUCCACGCAACCCGAGUAAAGCUGGUAAAGAAAGGUCCAACCGCAGAAGCAAGUCCAGAAGCAAGUCCAGAAGCAAGUCCAGAAGCAAGUCCGGAUUUAGAGACAAGAGAGGUACUAACGGAGGCAAGUUGCCUUGGCCUUGAAGAGGAAGAUCCGGAAGCAAGAGAGGCACUAACGAGGGCAAGCUGACUUGCUCUGGCCUUGAACAGGAUAAUCAAGAAAAGGGGGUUCCGGAGGCAGACAGCCUUGGCCCUGUAGAAAAAUGACAAUCUUAAUUUCACCGGACUCUGGAAAACUUUGGUUGCUCAUAGGACUUACCUCAUUUUCAGUUUUCUCCAUAGUAUGGGUUACCACCAACUGUAUUUAUAGCCCAGAAGAUUUAGGGGGAUUGCGAGGUAUUUGCGGUAAGAAUUACAGCGAAGAAAUGCAAGUCCCCCGAGAUAAGAGGAGUAUCCCUUCCACACAAAUUAGAGAUCAGAUCACCACCAAUGUUACACAUACCAGGCACAAGAGAGGUACACAACUAUAUAACGAAGGGAGUAAGACAGAUAGUCUCACAGACAAUAUGUUAUUGUUAAAGUUUAAGUAUGCCUAUGCCCGAAAAACUGGAUAUGAAAAGUGUUGGAUUUGUAGUAAACUACACCCUAGUACUGCUAGGAUCCCUCUAAUGGCGAUGCCCCUAAAUUUUUAUCCCCUCUUAAACGGCACACCUCCCAUUAUCCUUACAAACGUCACGAGGACGCUUCCAAAUAAUACCCUUACGUUUCCAAUUAUUGGUAGAAGCCACUCCCCAGACUGGUGUUUCAGGUUGGGGAACUCCACUAAAAGAGCUGAAGUUUGCCAACAUGCCAAAAUUAAUUUUUCCAUGACUUCAAUUGAGGACCCUGUAUUUCACACUUCAGACCCUACCAUGAACGCCACCUUAAUGGAUUUCCUUAGCUCAAGCUCCACCUCCCCAGUAGGUCAGCUGUUGUCAAGUUUCACCUUUUCAAGUCUUUCUGACGAGGUAAUGACAAUAUUCAACAAACGGCCCCUAGCCCUAGGAAACAGUAUUUAUAUUUGUUGUGGGAAAAUCUGUCACCCUUGGAUCCCCACUGAACCCCAGGGAUGGUGCUAUCUUGCAUCCCUAGUCCCCAUUAUGGGCGUAGUGGGAGAUGACAAGGGUGAGCACCUCCUUGAAGCUAGUAUGCAUCCUAGAUAUCCCCUUAAACAUCGCCAUAAAAGGGAAUUAUUUUUCGAGAAGGAUAUGGCAUGGGCCUGGUUUCCUUCAUGGACCGGGUGGGGAAUAGACAUAAUGAAAAGGCUAAACAAUUACUCUAAAAUUCUUGAUGAAAUCCUAGAUAAAAAUUCGGGGGACAUCACCAAUUUAAAUGAAGAGAUGAGAGCAAUUAAGAAACAACUUGAGCUCCAUGACCUAGCCAUCGAAAGCAUGAGUGCUGCCCUUACUGGGUUAUGUGAGGUUACAGAGGAUUACAGGUGUUGCACAUGGAUACACAAUACAUCUGUUGAAAUACCCGAUUAUUAUGACAUUAUUGCACAACACCAAAAGGAGGUAGAUAGCCUGCAACAAGAAGCCAGGGAUAUUGCUAAAACAUGGAGUCCUUUUGGUAAAGGGAAUUUUGGACUUGGAGGGAUAUUCUCAUGGUUGAAAGACAUUGCUAUGACUAUUAUAAUAAUUUUGCUUUUUCUAUUAUUUCUAUAUGCAUGUUUUAAGCUCAUAAUGUGUAUCAUUGCCAGGGCCUCCAAAUCCCCCACCCACGACACUUCCAUGGUGUCAAAUCAAGUUCCAGAUUAUGACACCCCAAAGCCACACGCACCCGGGGAUUACUCAACAUACGUUAAAAUGCAUAAGCAAAAGAAAAAGAACCUCAUCAUUUAGGGAUGGAUGUGACUUGGUCCCUUUCCUCCAGCAGGGAUGCAAAGGGUUAAUCCGCCACGCACAUUAGAUAUACCAGGGAGAUGUAUGUCCCCUGAUGACAUUCCUAAAUGAUCAUGAGUUCCAACACUACCCGAGGAGGCUCGGGUGAGAAAAUUAAUUAAGGAUUUAAUUAUAUUUUAAGAGGGGGUUGUGGGGGAUGACAGAAGCUCAAUCCAGCUUGUACUCCAUUUUGUAUGCAUAUACUCCAUUUUAUACAGACAUAUUUUAGCCACAUAAGCAAUAUAAGUGUAUACGUGUUUUUGCUGAGUUGUUCUAUUUUCUGAUGCAAUCAAGGGUCACGUAGAAACUCAGACAGUCAGCUGCCUUUUGUCAUGAGUUUCUAUGUCUAUAUUCAGUGAUAUGCUUACUCGCUUAAAAAUCCAAAAAUCCCCUAAAUGACGAUUGUUUUUCUCCAAAACAUUUAACCUAUAAGAAUUGUUAUAUGUAUUUUGAAAGCCACAAUGUACGCCCCCAUUUCCCCCCUAUAUAAUCAGCAAACGAGCCAAAAAUAAACAGAGCUUGGUUUCACACUU